GUUUUAGUCACAUGAAUGCUCUCCUGUGAUUGGUCCCUGCAGCAGUCCAGCCGCCCGUCCAACACUGUGGUGCACUCAUCUGCGGGCGGCGGCGUCUGGGCCAUGCUGGGGUCGCUGCUGUACCCGCUGCUGGCCGUCUGGAGGUUCAUCAGUGGCUUCCUGUUCAGCAGCCCUCCUCCACCUGCUGCCGCCCAGAACCAACACACGACAAACGCGUACGGCUCUAGCGCUGCCGCAGAACCAAAGAGAGAUGCGGUUCGUAAGAGGGUUCUUGAGAAGAGGCCCGAGGACUUCAAGAAAGAUGGGAAAAUAUACCGGCUACGGACUCAAGAAGACAACGAGGACGACAACAACACGUGGAACGGGAACUCCACGCAGCAGAUGUAGCGCGGCCAGCCUCUGUGCUUCGAGUGUGUGUCAGUCUUAACGGUGGGUUGAUCAUUUAGGGCUUUGAUUUGCAUUCCCCUUCCCUCCAGCUCCACCCUGCAUGGGUAAAUCAGAUCAGGUUAGCUAACUCGCUUUAACAGAGAUCCUCUGCGUGCCCAACACUUCAGCGAGGACGACUGCAGGCUGGAGAAGCACAGGUUCCAGGCUUUGAUGCGUUAGCUGCAUCGGUUAUCGCCUGGAUUGAUUUAAUACUGUAACCGCCGCUGUGAAUGCGGUCUGUUGUGAAUAUCCGAGGGUUUGUGGCGUUUUAUAUGGUGGUUUAACCCCACAGCGUCAUAAACCGCCUCGGCAAUAGAAUGUCAUUUCUACUAGUUUGAGCACAGAUGCUACUUGAUCCUUUAACGAUAGAAUAAAGAAUAAAAUGUUUUUCAAUGAAACGCUUCGACUGAAGUCAUUCUUCUCUUUUGAUUUUGUGCUCCUAUUUAAUCUUCUAGAACUGUCUGUGUCUUCAUUAAUGUA